CUUUAGCCCAACAACAGCAGGGAGGUCUGAUACACAGUGUCAGUCAUCCCCUCAGUGUUUCCCCUCCCCUCACUGCUUGGACUGGUCCAUUUCGCAUCUGAAAAAAUCUGAUAGUUGGAGAAGAGUUCUUCAUGCCAGUGACGGCUGUAGCCUCAGCACAUAGAGUACUGUAGCUCCUGGAUCACCCUAAGAUAAACAAAUGGAUGAGAAAGAGCUGAGUGACCCCCUGAACAACGUGUCUCUCAUCAAAGAUGACCUGACCAGGUCAAACAUGGGGUCCUCUGGUGAAUCAGAGAAAAUCAUCCAACGCUUGAAUGAUGAGCUUCGAGAGGCCCAGGAGCAAGCUAAUACUGAGAAGCACAAAUUCAUGGAGCUACAAGGUAUUCUGCAGGAAGAGAGAAAAGAAAAUAAGAAGCAAGCUGAUGAAUCUGCAAAACAGAUAAAACAUCUUCAAGCCCAGCUGCGGCAGCUCCAAGAUGAAACAGACAUUCUCAGAGAGCAGAUAGAUGUCACCUCUGGUUCACACGACGAGCUACAGAGCGCACGUGAUGAGGUGAAGGCGCUGAAACGUGCCCUGGAGGCAGCCACUACUGAGCGGGACCGUGAUGUCGCCAUUAUCCAGAACAACCUGGCGACCGUCUCGAAGGAUCUGGACAAAUGGCGUCAGACUGCCAACAAAUAUGAGCGUGAGAUUGAGAACCUUCAGCGUGACCUUCAACAACAGAGCAAGCAGUGGCAGAAAACUGCAGAGAUACAAGCCAGUGAGCUGCAGUCCAUGCAGAUGGAGUGUAAUGGCCUUCAGAAAGAGUGCUCUGUCCUGCGAUCUGAAAAACAAGACACAGUGAAUAAGCACCAGAAGGAAAGGAGCAGUUUGCAAAGUGAGUGUGCUUCCCUCAGGGCAGAGAAGGAGGAACUCCUCAAGACUCACCAGAAAGAGAAGGGCAACCUGCAGAGUGAGUGCACAGCUCUGCGCUCUGAGAAAGAGGCCGUGCUGCAGAGACAGCAGCAGCUGGAGAAAGACCUUGCCAGUUCGCGUGCCCAGAAUUCUGAGCUGAGCAACAGCCUCAAAGCCCUGGAGAGAUCCCAGCAGGAGUUGGAGAAGAGGCUGGCGACCCUGCAGCUCCAGCAUCAGCAGGACAGCACCAAGCUGCAAACCCAACUGGAUGAGGCAGACAGCCGCAGCAAGGCUCUGCAGAGAGAGUAUGAGGAGGCUCAGACGGAGCUGUCAGACCUGAAGGAAAAAUACGAGAAGACUGAGCAGGAGAAACAGUCGCUUAGGGAGGAGUUUGAGGAGUGCAAAGCCAACAUGAAGGACUUACAGGACAAAGGGACAAAGACAUCCCUAUUGCUGCCUGUUCAAGCCAUAGUCAUCGGCCUUAUCCUGGCUUUGCUGUAUUGGUGCUUCGGCGCAUUGUGGUAGUAAGAAACCGUGGAUGAUCUGGGGGCCUGUGGCUGCUGUGGCUCUAACAGCUGUGACGGCUGCCGUGCUCUUCAGGACCUGAGGGCAACGUGCUCAAACACACACGCACACACACUCAUACAGAUGAACCCAUAUUUGUCAUCUCUGCACUGAAACUGAGAAAUCUGCCCCCUUAUCAUAUCUGCACUAUUAAUUAGGAGGGCUCAUACUUAACACUGUUUAAUUUUUAAGAUGCUCUAUUUUAGAUGAGAGAUACGUUAAUAAAAGAAUGUCAGUUUUGUGUGCAAAUGAA